AUGGCUCAGCUGGCAAAGGUACCUGAUGACCUCCCUGAGUAUGAUCCCCAGAACCUGCAUGGUCUCCAAAGAGAGCCCAGUCCUUGUCCUGUAAUUACUGUAGAGCACUUUAAAGAAUCUGUGGGCACUAAAGGCCUCACCCUCUAUCCAGAUCCCUGCAGAGUUCCUGGUGCAAAGACUCAGAACAGCUUAGAGUCUGACUACCUGGCCCGAGAUGGCCCAUCAAGCAACAGCUCCUUCCACAGCAGUGAGGAGGAGGGGACUGACCUGGAGGGCGACAUAUUGGACAGCAGUGGGUCUCGGCCUCUCCUUGAGUCUGAAGAGGAGGAGGAGGGCUGCAGGCCUCCCCAGGGGAAGCUGGGAGGAACCGCUUUGUUCUCUGAACCUGGUGAUGUGUCUUCUGAGCCAGUAAAGGGGGCACAAACUGGGAAAAAGAAUCAGUUCCUGCCUCUCACCCAGCAGGCCUCUGAUAGCCUUGGGGAGCCUGAUGUCUUUGCCACAGCCCCCUUCAGGAGCUCACGGGUUCCAGUAGAUGACAUGGACAUUUUCUCCAAAGCCCCAUUUGUCUCCAAGGGCAGCAUGGCUCCUCCCCAACCAGAGGAAGUGGAUGUGUUCUUGAGAGCUCCUUUUACCAAGAAGAAGGGUGUGGAGGAGUUAAUGGCUGUGCAGGGCUCUACCCUGGAGCCGCCCUGCAAGCCCUGCCUCAGCCAGCCCUGUGAAGUCCCCCUGUUCCUGGGCCGCGACAGGGCUGGGUAUGCCCCUGUCCAGGCUCAGUAUUCUAUGACUAGUUUUACACAACGAGUCAGUUUCCCCUCCCACUCUGUCCAGACAGCAGACCACCUUGACAGCAGCUCUCCCAGGGGAUCCCCCAUGGAAUCUGGGGACCAUCCUAAUGACAGAAACAAAGGACCACAGCCCCAGAAAGAAGCCUUCACAGGCCCAGCAGUUGGCAAACCAUUCCUCCCCCAGGCUUUAUCCAAAUAUUCUCGGCACUAUAGCCCAGAAGAACCAAGUCCAGAAGCCCAGCCCAUUGCUGCCUACAAGAUCGUUUCACAAAGCAAUAAGCAGUCCAUAGCUGGCUCAGUGUCUGUCACACCCCUUACCCCCAGGACUACAGAGCUGCCUACUCCUGAUCCUUUUGCUUUGGCACCCUUUCCUUCAAAAGCCGGGAAGCAGAAACCUUAG